AAAUGAAGAAACGGAAGCGUUGCGAGCGAGCGAUAUCGAUGGGGUUUCCCUUUUUCAUCUUUUUUCCAAGACGAGUGCGUGGAUAUCUCAUGUUGAGAAUGCGGAGGAUAAUGAAUGGCGAGGGAUCAGGUGAUGUUUGUAGGAGGUGAUGAUGGGAGACGCGAUUUCUUUUGGUUUUGUGUUGUGAUUUUCUUUCCUUUGAAAAGAAGCAUGGCUUCAUGGUAUCGCGCUUGGAAUACUUGGCGUCAGGGGCCGAGUGGUUUGUCGCACGCCCGUCGUCGGUCGCGGAGAAUCGUCUUCCAUGAAGCACUCAAGAGGUGUGAUGCUUGGCCUCUGGAUACCAUGGAUGAGAGAUGAACCAAAAGACGAGGAGGGAAGUGUGUGCUGGAGGUUUGCAUGAUGGCGAAGGGGUAAUAUGAUGAAGGAGAGAAGUGACUGUGCUUAGGAAGAUGACACUUCC